AUGAAAACAGUUUACAUCAACUGCGAUAACGUUAAUCUCAAUCCAAUUUCCGUAACCCAGGAAUCCAACAAUCUCGAGCUGCUCGAUGCACUCUAUGACACGCUCGACAGCACGGACGUCGCAGAUUCAGAGAGGCAGCUCAACAUACCCAGCCAUCCCCGUCGCGAGCCUUCUCUGUCUGAGCACAGGACCAACUACGAAGUCACGGCGAAGUUGUUUGUCACGGAUCCUGACUACAGCAAGUGGAAUGAAAAGACGCUGAACGAUGCCUUUGAAUGCUUGCAUCGCACUACCUCGCUCGGAUCCGUCGAUUCUCUCAUUUUCAGCUUCAACGGGCUAUGUGAUGAUACAAGUGAUAGCAGCGAUAGACUGGAUGCUGCUGCACGUAUUUGGAAGUCACUUACUCCCGAAUUCCCGCACACUCAACUCGGUGUUGCCGAUUUCGGUCCGAUCGAGCUGGACAAGCUCAUCGCCAAGAUCAAAGACACCGCUAGGCAACCGCAGACUACGCAGAUUAGCUUGUCUGACUGCUGCGAGCCACCCAGCGAGCUCGUCAAAACAGCCAAGCAGCACGACGUAGAAUUGACAGCCCAUCCAGAUAUCCACGAUAUACUCUCGCCCGCAGAGCUUGCUGCUGCUUUCAACAGAAACCAAUCACACCAGCUAGAUGAAAAGAGCGUGGGGAUAGAUUGGGUACUCAAGUACACUGUUGUUGCACACGGCAGAGCAGUAGUUGCUGAUAAAGGAUACAUAAUACGCGCAUCCUUAUCAUAG